AGGAGACUUCAAGCGAGCGCGGCAGCAAGAGGUGUCGCACUGGCGAGGGGGAGUCAGGACUUGUGAUGGACAUCGGCGCCAACUUCGGCCAGAGCAGCGAGCGAUAUCUUGAUGCAGGAUUUCAGGUCGUUGCAUUGGAGCCGAACCCUGUGGCAGCCAACGCGAUCCGCGCGCGCCUGGCCGAGCCCAUCCGCUCCGGCAGAUUGGUCUUGGAGGAGAAGGCUGUGUGGACUGCGGCAAAGGUGACCCUCUAUGUGAACCAGGAGGAUUCCGAGUGGAGCAGCUGCUUCCCCAGCGUGGGCGCGCGCUACGACACGCAGACGGCGGCCGUGCCGGUGGAGGCCGCCCAGCUGAAGGACUUGUUCAAGAAGUAUGGCACGCCUUGGUACCUGAAGCUUGACACUGAGGGGGCGGACGGCAUCAUCCUUCAACAGCUGGCGGGCUUGCCGAAGCCGGCCUACCUCUCUUUCGAACUGAACAGCUUGGCCUAUUUGCACCAGGCCGCAGCCAUGGGCUACCACCUCUUUAAGGUAGUGCCCCAGGGUCAGCACAAGGCGGGCCACUUGCUGGACGAGAACGGCAGGAAGAUCGAGGAGGAGGAUGAGGAAGAAGAGGAAGAAGAGGAAGAAGAAGAAGAAGAGGAAGAAGAAGUAGAGGAGACAUGGUGGCCGGAUAUGCCAAGCAGACAGAGAAUGCUGGCGAGGAUAGGCGAACGGACAGAUCGCCAAGGAAUGUGGCCAUGCGACUUGAGCAGGCUGAUGCUUUUUCUGCGCACGGGAGGCGAGGCGGAGCUGACAAGAAGCCGCAGAAGGUGUAAAGACGAGGCCCCUGACCCAUGCCGGCGACUUUGGGGAGGAUGCUGCGGGGAUCUGGAUGAGCCAAGGCGAAGCGCUGGAGCGAUGUCGCGAGCUGUGCUUGGUCCAUGAUGAGCAUGCGGACGUGCAAACCUUCGCUGCUGGCGCUGCCAGGUACGUGGAUCGCGACUUCGCCACGCUGCGGGCCUGCUUUCCCGUGGAGAGCCGGAACGACGAGGAGUGGUAUGAUAUCCACUGCCGCCAUUC